AUGGCAAGGUACAUUACUCCAAUGAAUGCCGAAUUCUUAUUUGAUUAUUUUGCAAUUUGUUUUUACAUUGGUUCAUCUGCCCUGGUAUUGGCGUCCUGGAGUUGCCCAUACCUCAAUCGGAUAUUUACAAACGGAAAACAUGUUACCGCAACUAACGGCUCAGUAUGGGUAUCGAAAUCCAAAUUUUUACACAUUUAUAUGUGGGGAUUUGUUACAAAUCUUAUAGUCUACAUCACCACGGAUUACAGCUACUACAGCACGCCAUUAGCACGUAUAUUGAUCGCAUUGCAUACAAUGCGGCGUGCUGCUGAAAUUAUAAUAUCUUCAAAGCGUCCAUAUUCUAAGAUGAAUUUGUUGGCUUAUUUGUAUGGUCUGGCUUUUUAUACCAUAUUACCUUUAGUUACUUAUGAAGGGACUACUGCUCAUUGGUAUAUCUCGGUGAUUGCUUUUUCCCUUGCAUCAUUAUUGCAGUGCAUUGUGCAUGUCAGUUUGGGGAGGAAAAGAGCAUACGAUAAGAAUGUUGGCAUUAUCUUCAGAUAUGCAAACCACAUCGCUGAACUUGUCAUUUUCAUCUGCAUUUACCUCAUCAGUCCAUCCGUUCCAUCAUUUCUGAUGACCGUAUAUGUUUUCUUCUGCAUGUCCAAGCUGAUCUAUUUGAAUUACAAAUGGUAUCCUAAGAAGAAGUAG